AUGGGAAUCAAUCGAAAGGCUAAGCCGCAUUUGGGCUUUAUUCUGUACUUGGCACUCCAACUCCCAUCGCUUUCAAUGGCAGAUAUAGUUACCUGCUAUACGCCCAAUGGAACUAGCUUUGAUGCUGAAAACGCAAAGAUAUGCAAUAGUCUGGAUGGUACCGUCAGCAUGUGCUGCGCUCAGUCUGAUGAAUGUCUCAACAAUGGCCUUUGCAAAAUCAAAGGGGAUGAGUCUUCGGGUACCAUCGACACUUACUGGCGUGAUAUGUGUUCUUUAUCAUCCUGGCCGGAUAUUGGCUGUUUGAAAGUCUGUGAGGGAGGCACCGACUUACAAACGGGAAAUUCACAAAUGACGCCCUGCGAUGGCACGGAUUAUUCUGAGACUUGGUGUUGCGGUGACACGCACGACUGUUGUGAGAUGGGGGAUGAGGUAUUUGUGCCUCUUGACAUCUACGCAACUUCCGCCUCGACGACGACAACCCUUUUUCCACUCACGCCAACCAAAAUUAUGACCAAACCAACUCCAAAGAUUAGCUCAACGAUGACCUUGAGUGCACUUGACCACCCAUCGUCUGAAUCCGACUCAUCACGAAAUCUUUCCAUCGACGAGAAAGUUGGUGUCGGUGUCGGGGUGUCCAUCGGAGUUAUUGCGAUAGCCGGGGCCACGACAUUUUUCAUUCGUCGACCAAGUGGUAAACGGGCAGCUUCAGUAGACGCGCCUAUGGAAAACCCCCAAAUUCCGCCGAAGAUACAAGAGAGCAAUACCACUGCGAUUUAUGAGAAGCCUGCUGGAGAUCAUGAUACGAGACACGAGUCAUUUCCAGGGUUAGCUCAAUAA